AUGAGAGAUGUAGCAAACCCAGAGAUAGUAUAUAUCUGUCUUCUGGGAGCACCUUACAGCCAACUCUUCCAGAGCAGUGAUGAAAAAAAUACGUACAAAGACAGAUACCAGCAGAAUCUGAAAACUGUGUAUGGGCAAGGAAUAUCUGGCUCUACCAUGGCUACUAAUGGAAAAGAUCCCAGUAUGGCCUCCCCAGACCAUGGAGAGGAAGAACAACCGGUAGAUACUUUACAAGCCUUGCUGGCUCAAUAUAGUGUCCUGAAGAGGGUGGCCAGUCUCCCUGUGGUCAGCACUGCCUGUGACCUGGCUGCCACAGCCUACACCUCCACCAAGGAGAGCCAUCCCUAUGUGAAGUCUCUCUGUGACAUGGCAGAGAAGGGAGUGACCUCCCUAACUGGUGUUGCAGCCAGCACUGAACAGCCAGUUCCACCUGCACUUGAACCUCAGGUAGCAACAGGAACUCAGGUGACUUCUGAAGUACCUGACAAAGUGGAGGAGAAUCUACCAACCCUUCAGCAGACAGCUGAGAAGACCAUAUCUGACACACAGGAGCUGGUAUCAUCCAGACUGACAGAUGUCAAGGAGAGCAUGAUCAGAGCGGUGGACAUGACCAAAGAGGCCAUGCAGGAUGGUAUGAAGACCACCAGAUCAGUGGUAGCAGAGGGCAUGAGCACUGUUGCGGAAUCGAGAAUGGGCCAACUGGCCAUAAGUGGGAUGGAAGCCAUGCUGGAGAAAUCUGAAGCGCUCUUGGAUCACUACCUCCCCAUGACUGAGGAUGAACUAGCGGAACUUGCAGAAUCCAUGGAAGGGGCUGAAGUGUGCGGCACCUUUGUGCGUUUAGGUUCCCUGUCCACCAAACUCCGCCAGCGCGCCUACCGCUAUUCCCUGGACAAGAUGAGACGCACCAGCCACAGCAUCAGUGAGGCGCUUUCCCAGCUUCAACAAACCAUGGGACUGAUUGACUACAUCAAGCAAGGUGUGAAACUUCCAGAUCUUCAGGAGAAGUUCCAGCACAUGUGGCUGAACUGGAACAGGAGUCAGCCAGAAGGCAGUGAGAUCACAGACUUGGCAACCCCAGAGAUGGAGUCUGAGACUCUGGCCAUGUCCCGCAGCAUUCUCCAGCAACUGCAGGAUGCCUGCCAGGUGUUAGUAUCCAGCAUUCAAGGUCUCCCUGCCAACCUUCAGGACAAGGUGCGACAGGUGUCUCGCAACAUGGGAGAGCUCCAUGCUUCCUUUUCUACUGCCCGUUCCUUCCAGGAUCUCUCCAGCAGCCUCCUGAAACAGAGCCAGGAGAUGGUGACCAAGGCCCAGGAAUAUGUGGAUGAGCUGAUGACAUACAUGAUGCAGAAUACACCUCUGUCUUGGAUUGUGGGACCCUUUGCCCCAUCAGAUCCUACUUGUAGUAGCUUCUUGGAAAGGUGGGUACAGUUGGGACUUGCUUUCUACAAAAUUCUACGACCUGAGAAGCCUUCCAAUCAGAAACGUUGUUGA